AAACCAGCAAGCAAGCCAGAAAGCAGAGGAGUGGGAAAAAUGGCGCCAAAUGCUCGCAUUUCUCGGGCGAAAUUACCGCAUUUUCUCCUCGUUCUGCUUCUCUCCCUGAGUUCCUCCUCCGGCUCCGGCUACGGCCACGACUACUCCGACGCUUUCCGGAAGAGCAUCCUCUUCUUCGAAGGCCAGCGAUCCGGCCCUCUCCCGCCGGACCAACGCAUCCGGUGGCGCAGAGACUCCGCAUUGCGCGACGGUGCCACCGCCGGGGUAGACUUGACGGGGGGCUACUACGACGCCGGGGACAACGUGAAGUUCGGGUUCCCGAUGGCGUUCACGGCGACGCUGCUGUCGUGGAGCGUGAUAGACUUCGGGAGGAACAUGGGGCCGGAGCUCGGGAACGCCCUGAAGGCCGUCAGGUGGGCGACGGACUACUUGCUGAAGGCGACGGCGGUGCCGGGCGUGGUUUUCGUCCAGGUGGGCGACCCGCUCUCGGACCACAAUUGCUGGGAGAGGCCCGAGGACAUGGAUACGCUGCGGACGGUGUACAGGAUUGAUAGGGACCACCCGGGGUCCGACGUGGCGGGGGAAACCGCCGCUGCAUUGGCUGCUGCUUCCAUCGUGUUCAGGUCACGUGACCCUGGUUACUCUCGCCUCCUCCUCGAUCGUGCCGUUAAGGUGUUCGAGUUUGCUGACAUGCAUCGUGGCGCGUAUAGCAACAGCCUCCGCUCUGGUGUUUGCCCUUUUUACUGCGACAACAACGGUUACCAGGAUGAGUUGCUUUGGGGAGCGGCGUGGUUGCACAAAGCAUCGAGGAGGCGCGAGUACAGAGAAUACAUAGUGAAUAACGAGGUGAUCCUAAGAGCAGGGGAGACUAUCAAUGAAUUCGGUUGGGAUAACAAGCACGCCGGGAUUAAUGUUCUCAUUUCCAAGGAAGUGCUGAUGGGAAGAGCAGAUGAUCUUAGAUCGUUUCAAAACAACGCGGAUGGCUUCAUUUGUUCUAUAUUGCCUGGAAUUUCUCAUGCUCAAGUUCAAUACUCUCCAGGUGGACUGAUCUUCAAAGCAGGAGGGAGUAACAUGCAGCAUGUAACGUCUCUGUCGUUCCUACUGCUGGCCUAUUCUAAUUAUCUGAGCCACUCUAACCAUAUCGUGCCAUGUGAAGGGCGAUCAGUCUCUCCUGCUCUCCUCAAACAGCUUGCCAAACGUCAGGUGGACUACAUUCUAGGGGAUAAUCCAAUGAGGAUGUCGUACAUGGUAGGAUACGGCGGACGCUACCCACGAAGGAUACACCAUCGGGGCAGCUCACUCCCAUCCGUGGCGGCCCACCCGGCCCACAUCGGGUGCAAGGCCGGGUCUCUAUACUACCUAACUCCGAAUCCAAACCCGAAUAUAUUAGUCGGAGCAGUUGUGGGUGGGCCCAACAGCACAGAUUCCUUCCCGGACUCGAGGCCUUACUUCCAGGAGUCCGAGCCCACAACGUACAUAAACGCGCCGUUGGUGGGCCUCUUGGCAUUCUUUUCGGCCCAUACUUGAUUUCUAUGCCGAAAGAGUGGGUAGAAGAGGAGAUAAUGUUACUAGUAGUGGUGGGCUAAGGUCACCCUACUUAUUAUUAUUAUUAUUAUUUUUAUUAUUAUGGUGAGAAUUAAGAUUUGUUUUGUGGCCAAUCAAUUAGAAGGGGAAAAAAAUUGAGAGAAAGUGUAAUUUCUAGUUUCCUACCUAGUUUUAAUGGUUUUGUAUCUAUGUGUAUGUAUGGAUUUUCUUGUUCUGAGUUAAGGACGAGGUAUAAGAAGUGAACCACUAAUAUAGCCCUA